AUUGCAGUUCCUUUCUUGCCAUUAAAACUUAGUACGACUCGGCCACGCACACUCUAUGGCCUUGCACGCGACCAAUAUGAAUGCAUUGCGAGUCCCGAGCUCACUGUGUCAGCUGUCCGAGAUGAAUAGCACUGCAUUCAUUUGGUACGCAGUUGAUGACCGCUCUCGGGGGAAUGCCCUGACUCAAUCUGAAUGUCGAAAGACUCUCGACAGUAUGCUUUGGCCUAUCAUCACUACUCCAUGUUGUAUAGCUCACGAAAGAGAACGCUUUGUGGAUAAGCUGCAUUCCAAAUUGCAGAAAAUAAUCUUCCAGCUGAAGAGGUUCCUCGGACCCGGGCAUAGAUCUUCCGGUGGCUCAGACGAAACGCCAGAUUAGUGUACAGUGAUCUCAUAUGUCUCUUGAUUUGGAACUAUCCUAUCGAAGUGAUGUGUGACCCAGCCAAAAUGACGCCUCACGCAUCAACUCUGCUGCCCAUUGUGCAUUGGUGUCUAAUUAGUGACAGGUUUCUCAUGUGCCACGUCUACCCAAAGACACUAAGAUGUGUGCCUGUGGUAUGGAAUACACUAUUCCCCAGGAUCUGAAGCAUCCUAGCGCGCACUGUGACAUAUUCUCAGGACGCAUAAAGGCUCUCCGGAAAGCUCGGAAUGUGCUGAUAGGUCUUUCAUUGCUCGCAGUUUGGCUACAUCUGACCAUUCCCCGACAAAACUGUAUGCUUACAGAGCAUUUUGUAUAUCGCAUCAUUGGUUCUCUGUGACGCAGCAGGUUCCAAGCAAAUGACAAAGGUCCGUCACUAUUCUCCAAAUUUUCAAGCGCUGCAGGACCGCUGCCAAAUUCACGGCGGCCACCAUCAUGGUACCGAUGCUUCGAAUUCGUUAUGAAGAGAGGGACGUGAAUAAGCCCGAAUAGUCUGCGUUGUCGGCGCCUCGGUCUCACCAGGGUGCAUUCUGCGCGAUGUGAUGUCCCAACCCUACUCAAGAGAGCUGAGCCGGGCAUCUGAUACAUACCUCUCAACAUCCUCGAGCGAGACCCUGCUUGUCGUCUCGUCAUGCCCCAUCCGUUCAGUCGCUAUCGCCUUCGAUUCUUCAAGGAUGUUGUUCGUAUUCUCGUACUUCCUUCUGUUUGCUUCUCUGGGCUUCUUUGGAUCACCCAUGUUCGCCUUGGGCUUCUUGCUGUUCCUUGUCAUGUCGCGUUCAUCGCGGUCGCAGCGUGCGUCCGGAAUUGGUACUACGACUUCCAGGAUUGUCGUGCGGCUCAGCAGAUGAACGCAAGGGUAGUCCCGACUGUCAAGGGCAAGUGGCCAGGGAAUCUGGAUAUUCUUCUCAAAUUCAAACAAGCGACUGCUUCGGAAUAUCUCGGAGAUUUCUUCUUACAACUAUUUGAGGAGCAUCAGAGCACAAUCGUUAAUUUAAGGAUGUUGGGUGCUAAUCUGUAUGUUACCAUGGAUGAGGAGCAUAUCAAGUAUCUCAUGGCAACCGGCUUUGACAAAUUUUGGAGAGGACGUCGGCAAAAGGAGCGCAUGGAAGUCUUUCUCGGCAAUGGUAUUUUCAAUCGUGACGAUGAGCAAUGGAAACUACAUCGCGCAAUGGCUCGACCGUUCUUCGCUCGAGAUCGAAUCGCGGAUUUCGAGCUAUUCGAAAGAUACACCGAGAGCACACUCAAUAUCAUCUCAUCUCGGAUAUCUAGUCAUUCCGCGGUAGAUGUCCAAGAUCUCUAUGCACGCUUCACACUUGAUACCGCAUCCGAAUCCCUGUUUGGCCAGAGACUCGACACCUUGCAUGGCGCGCUUCCCCAACCUGGGCAAUCAAGUAGUCUCAGUGGGAAGAGUUGUACACCAAUGGACGAAUUUGGUUCAUUUGCUCAAGCUUUCGAAGUCUCGCAAGAGAUCAUCGUUGAACGUACACGGCGCGGGUACUUCUGGCCAGCAUUUCAACUAUUCAAAGACGAUGUGGAGCCCCAUGCGAAAGUCAUCGACACUUUCCUAGAACCGAUGAUCACGCGAGUACUGGAGAAUAAGCAACAGAUGAGAAAGGCCGGUAUGACCUCAACUGUUGAACAUAGCACGUUCCUAGAAUACCUCGCUGAUAAUACGGAAGACCCUAAAAUCAUCCGUGACCAGCUCCUGAGCGUCUUAUUGGCCAGCAGAGACACUACAUCCUGCCUACUUACGUUUGUGAUAUAUUUCCUGGCGCUCCACCCAGAUGUCGCGCACCGGCUGCGUGCUGAAAUACUAGAGCACGUCGGACCCCAUUGUCCCCCGACGUUUGACCAUAUUAAAAACAUGCGAUACCUACGUGCUGUCAUAAAUGAAACCUUACGCCUUUUCCCACCCGUUCCACAAAAUCAACGCGAGUGCCGCGAUAAACCCACGGUCUUCCCCAAAUCUGACCGCACAUACCUCUCAAAUGCAGACCAACCCUUCUAUGUGCCACCAAAUACACCGUUACUCUUCACCACUAUCCUAACUCACCGCAAUCCUGCCCUCUGGGGAUCUGAUGCUGAUAUCUUUGACCCUGACCGCUGGCUCGAUGGUCGGAAAGCCAUACAAGUCAACAAUCCCGUGAUGUACACGCCUUUCAGUGCUGGGCCUAGGAUAUGCAUUGGUCAGAACUACGCUCUGAAUGAAGCAUCUUACUUCCUUGUUCGCCUGCUGCAACGAUUUGAUACGUUCACGCUCGCACCAGAAUUUCAACCGCCGGGCUCUCUACCGCCAGAUGAUUGGAAAUCGGGAAAGGGCAGGACAGCUAUCGAGAAGCUGCGUCCUUGUUUUGCUCUGACGCUCUAUGUGAAGGGCGGCUUGUGGGUACGUUUUGGCCAGGCGAAGGACUCAUGACAUGAAGAUCACGCAAGAUUGGUUUCGGAUUGAAUACUAUAGACGGGGAGGAGAUUCUAUCAUCGAACUAUGGAAAUAUCACGACGUCACUCUCAAACUUUUGUUAUCGCCGCCGGCUGCACUUCUCUUCACAUACUCCAAACAUACUCUGACAUUGUCUAUCAUUAUCUUAUCUGGGUUUUGCUUCAUUGGACUACGUCAUGGGCACGCAAUUUGGACUGCGCAACAAUCUGGCUGUACCUUGUAGUGUACCUGUUUCUCGAGCACGGGCACAACUCUCACCACGCCAGAUCGAUCGUUCGCUUAGGUUGAGACAUACAGGCAUCCAUUCCGUACGCCAUGCAUUAGACCCCGCAUCGGCAUUCAAGUAUUCCUGAAACUGACGUGCACGUUUAACGCAUAAGUAUCCCACGUUUACCUGACGAAAUCGAGCGUUUGCCAUUCGAACUUUCCUCAGUACCACUAAAGCAUCUCCAUGCACAUUGCAUUGACGUUGCUGUAACACCGUAACACUGUAACAAUUCUACCCCUUGAACUAGCCCC